GCCUGAAAGCCAGCGUUUCUAUGGCCAAACGUUGACGCGGAGGCCAUAGUAGUAAGAAAACAAUGCCAUGAGCGAUAGUGUUCGCGGCGAAGUGUCAGCUGGGCUUCAGCCUGGUGGUCUUAGUGCGAUGACAUUCAGCCGCCCCCGCAACUACUGCAAUCCUCAGCUGAAGCAUAGCCAAACUCACUACGACUUCACCAGCCUUCCGGUGUUCCAGGACAACUAUGAGCGAUCCUUUGAGCGUUGCAGCAGGUGUUGUGGGUCUUACUGUGCCAGCUCUGCAUGGUACGAGACUUUUACUAGACGACCUACAAAAGAUUAAGGAUGCGCCUGAGAUGGUCCAGCGCCUGAAAGGCGACGUAGGCGCGAUCGACCUGGCGCUUGCUUCGCUGCGAGCUGUGAAAGAGCAUGAGUGGGAAUCACUUGGUACGACCGUAGCAGAGGACGUCAAGACAACUAUCAGUACAUGCACAAGAGCGUGCGACGCUUUCCGAGCUGACCUUCAACAUUGGACAAGACACUCAGCUGGAGGGAAGUUGACGUUACAGGAUCGUACGAAAGUGGGAUUUUGGAAGCAAGCAGAGAUCAGGACCAUAUCAGAGCAGCUUCAGAACUGCAAGAUCACUGUUACCUCCGUCGUCAGCAUAGCCACCUUAUACAGCUCCAUUCGCCAUUCCCACGUGACAGAGGAAAUCAGGCAGACAAUUUCAACGAACCAAGUACAGAUUAAGAGCGCUAUCAGGACGGUAGAUGAGAACCUCGAAGCUCUUGGAAGCAGAGGCGGAGAGUUGCAGCCCGAGUCAGGUGACGAGGACCUGAAUGAAAGCACGAGUCGUGUCGAGGCUUUGCGACAGCUUGAGGAGGAACGCAAAGCGGUAGCCACGACCCGAAAGCUGCUGGACAAACUACUGGCCAAGGCGCAGGAGGAAGAAAUUCAGAAAGCUGUUGCAGAGAACCAAAACCGGUCAACUACUGCGACGUUUGGUCACUCAAAUUCUGGCUUCCAGGCGAACAUUGUCAACGGUGGGCUGAGUGGGUUCAGUUGGGGCGGAAAGUAAGAGGAUAUGUUCGCUAACGCUUUGUAAAAAGAUCUCAAGCGCGUUAGUUAGGUUGCUUGUCUAAUGAAUAUCUUGCUGCCU